GGGGCUUCGCCGCGGCGGGAGGGAGCAGCUCCGGCUGGAUGGGUCGCAUUCACCCUCCUCCUCUUCCUCCCGCGGCGGGGGGACGGCUCCCGGCCUGACAGCGCGGCGGUCUGGGCGUGUUCCGCAGGGCUCACCCAGCCCCGGGGAGGGCGGCGCGGUGCCUCCCUCCGGCCAGGCGGGAGCGGCUGUGGCGGGUGUUGGGAGCGGCUGUCAGGGAGCGGGCGGCGUGUGUGGGAUUACAGCCAUGCGGCGCUGGAGGCUCCUUCCCUUGGUGGUGCUCCUCGCCGUCCUAGUCCCCGAUAGAGGCAAUUCUGACGACUUCAGCUUAGAAGAUGCACUUGACACUACAAAGAAGCCUCUUCCUCUUCCAUCUCAGAAGCCACCACCACCAAAUUUAGAUGAUUUUGACUUGGAACAUGCUCUUCAUCCUGAUGACCCCAAGCCAGCUCCACCUGCAAAUCCCAGAGACACUGAUAACCCCAAGCAAGGUCCACCUGCACAUCCUAAAGACACUGGCAACCUUGAUGAUUCGGAUCUUUUCGAUGGCAGUUUACCAAAAGGAGGAGGUGGCGAUAGUAGUGGUGGCAAUGAACGAAAGGGUCCAGGUCCAAAUAAUGCUGACGAAUCUGAGGCUAAUCAGGGAGCAAUAGCUGGAAUUGUAAGUGCUGUGGUUGCUACUGUAAUUGGAGCAGUUUCUAGUUUCAUUGCUUACCAGAAGAAGAAACUCUGUUUCAAACAAAGCGAUGAAGAGAAUGUGAAUAUGGAUAGCCAUCGGGGAGCGCAAUCUGAGCCACCUGUUCAGCGCACACUUCUGGAGAACUAAAUUUAAAAAAAAACCCAUGAAGAAGAACAGACCAUUGAAACUGGACAGAGAGCCUGCAUUCUGCCUGAAAAAAAAAAAAAAAGGAAACAAAAAAAACCCCCACAUAAUAAAAAACGCAGAGUCUGAAGUUGCAUGAGAAAACAGUUCUUGUGUGAAACACCUCUAGGAGUGUGACUUAGACCUGAGUACUUCUGUAUGGUUAGCCCUGUGAAGCGUUGUUGCACACCAAUGUAUGGCCUUAAUGACAGGAGUGUAAAAGUAUGUUGUGCCUUUACAUUCUCUCCUGUACUCCUGUGACAAAUGGGUGUGUCUCCAGUGCAUUCAGUAUGGUUUAACUUUUUCCUUACCUCUCCAAAAACAAUAAGCAAUUAAUGUUUUGUUACACCAUUGCUUUCAGGCAGUGCAAACAUUUUUUUAAUAUCCUGUACGCAGUGAGCGUACCAACCAAACAACUUAGUGUGUGGUGUGGGCAUCUGAAAGCAAAUGGCUCACUGUGUGUGGAUAAUGGCUCUGGGCGUGGGUACUGCUGAUACAAUCUGCGUAGCUGCCUGGGUCAGCCACCAGGGAAGGGAUACUUAUUCUUGAGCAUCCGAGAGACAAAAAUUCAGUUUUGUUUUUGCUUUUUUUUUUUUUUUUUGUUGCAUCUGUCUGGUACAGAUUCAGAACACCCAAACUAGUGCACAGAGACCCUUCAUCCUUUCUGGCCCUUCCUGCCUAGCAAGUACUGAGCUGGUCAGAUGUGGAAAAGCCUCAUUUGCAAAUCAGAACCAUAAUAAGAUUUUGUACAUCUGGUGAGAUUGACGUUUGGCAGUUGUCUGAACAGUUGUGGAUGAAGUAUUGUGGAGUGGGGAUUAACAUCUUCAGACUUCCAGAACCAAAAACGUAACAGAAAAUAAUGUGAUAGUUUGAAUUCAGGAGGCUUAUCUUACGCACUUAAAAGACAGAAACAGUACUACAAUUCAAAAAUACAUGAUGGCAAGUCUGACCAGUACAACCUAGCCUCACUCCACAAGCAUCCAUUGAACAGUAUAAAUAGCAUACGUGUGAAGAAUGCUUUUGGACUUGUGAAGGACUGCCAUCGGGAUGAGGACCUAUGAUUGCAUUCUCAACUGAAAGCACUGGUGAGCUUUGCUGUGGCUCUUGAAAGCCACAGGAAGGUUUCAAGGAUCUGUGGAAACACAGAAAACUGUGCAACUCAUAACAGUCAAAGGACUAAGUCUGGAAUAAUAACAAGUUCUGUCUGGAAGGAAUGGUCUGACCAGUUCUGUUGGCUUUCAUUCUAAUUGUUUCCAAUUUUCAUGCAGUUUUACAGUAUGUGUCUUACUAAUGUGCUGCAGCCACCUGGCAAAGUUCUACAGAAAGAUGACAUUUUAUGCAUUUGGAUAUUAAACAUGUAAAUAUAUCUGUGCAUUCAAAUAUGAAUGUAUGCCAAGGAUAAUUCAUUUAAGAAUUUCAUGUACAUGUUUCUUAGCUUGCAACAAAGCUUUACAUAGAUUUUAGUAUUUUGUUACGGAAUUAAUUUGUAAACUUCUCUUUGCCCCACUUCUGCUUUUAGUAUAAAAGUGCUAAAACCUUUCAGUGUGUUGGAGGGUGGAAAACUGAUUUUUAUAUAAACAUUUGAUCUAUGUAAAUACAAAGAAAUGAAAUGUACUGCUUACCUGCAUGAAUAAACAGGUAUCUCAUGUCAAUGCCAAUUGUAGAGAAAACAGAAAUAAGCCAGUGUUUGUUAGGGAUAGAAUGGCAGGGGAAGCUCAAACUAGCUUUUAGCUAACCAGACUCUUGAAUCCUUCUUCAGCUUUUGCAAACCUAGACAUUACUUAUUAAAACAUCCUAUCAAUAUUGUGAUUUUUCUAAAAAUAAAUUAAAAAAAAAGGCAAUGUUUAUGUAUUUACCUUCUUAGUAGCUCUAGAAAUACAAAAAAUUUGGUGCUUUACCAGGGAAACAGUCUUCAAAGGGAGUUUGUCUUCCUACUCCAUCAGCAAUUCAGGGUUAUUUCUUACAGACAUUUAAAUCAUUUUAGAAGGAAGUUGGCCAGUAGCAACAAAGCUGUGAGCUGCUUUCACAGAGUGCUUAUCAGUGUGAAGUGCAGAGAAGACAUCUGUCUCUGUGAAGGACUUUGAAGAAGAACACAUGGAUUUGGUAACACAGAACCUACUGAAAAUAUGCACAGCUUAGCAUGGGCAAACUCAAUGGGGUUUGGGUUAAGAAGAAAGACUGGCCGCUGCCACCUAGGAGGAAAAAGUUAAAGAGAAGGCUUGAAAUUUCAGGCUGUUCUUCUGUAGAGAGCAAGAAACUGCCAAUUUAUGGGUUUCUGUUGCGUAUCUGUGGAUAAAACAUAGCAGUUCGCUUAUUGUUUAGUUAUUGGGGUAUGAAUUACUGCGUUGCUGUUUGCCUCGCUACCCAUUGAGACUUUGAUCUUGUGCCUUCCUACCUCAACUGCUCCUGCUUUGCGUAACUAAAUAUCCUAAUUCUUUAGUUCUCACUUAUGCUGGGACCAGAAACGUGAUCAGUUAAAAAUUAUUCACCACCCUGCUGAAGUAUUUUUAUGGUCAUCUCCCGCGGAUCAGCUGCUGCCCAUUGUGGCCUCACGGGCUGUCGGCGACUUUCGGAUCCCAAUUUGGGAAUUAAUGUUCUAGUUUCCAUGCCAUUUUUGAUCAGACUGUGCAGUGGAAUGAAAAAUUACUGUCCUUUCCAAGCCCAAACUACAAAUUCACUCCUAGUGAGGUACCUUCACCAUUAAGCUGAGUUUAAAUGGGCGGCAAGGAAGAGCUCUGCCCUGUUCCUGCAGCACACUCUCUUCAGCUCUGUUUUUUUUUUUCUCCAGUCUACCUCCUUUGAGGAGCAGGAGUUACCUUCAGUACUAGGAAGGAAAAAGCAAAGCAGAAUCUUGUAGAGUACCAUGUCCCUUUAGCUUCUACAAGGGAGCGGAGGUGGCACUUUAGUUCAUCCUAGCUAUCAGUGAAAAGGACUGCUUGAAAAAUAUUUUGGUGGUUUUCAAAUGUGAUGUCCAUUCCAAAUACUUAUCUAAACUUAUCCAAAUGAAUUCAUCAGGCUGUGGAAAUGAAAGCAGGCGAUUCUUAAGCGUAAAAUUUGGCAGCUUUUUACUGUAGCUCCUAUUCAUGCUCGUUUCAAUACCUCUGCCAAAUUUUGAAUGCAAAGGAAAACUUUUUAAUGCGCCCAGCUUUCAGUGUGCCUUGGGCUGAAUGACACUCCCAGUUGUGCAUUUUGGUAUUUUUCUCACUAAUUCUUUUAGGCCACUAUCUAAACUGUACUAUUCUCUGUGUAUUUUUCACUUGACAAGAUUAUGAAACUAACCUUUUCAUAAACUGAAAAAAUUAUUUUCUUUUUGCUCUUUUCUGUUACGCAGAUAUAAAAGCAAUAUGAGAGAAAGUGAAGAGAUGAUUAUGAACAGGAAAAGGAUUUGAAUGGAGAAAAAAUGCAGUUUUUUCAAACCCCUGCAUUUAGAGUACUUAAAAACCACAAGGAUAAAAUACUAAAAUGCAUGUUCCUCCAUCUGCUUAUGAAAAAACAUUGAAGUUUUAGGUAGCGUGUAGUAAUUGCAUUCUUCCAUUGCCGAGAAAUUGUACCGCUGAUUCACUUGUGUAUUUGGCUUAUAUUUAAAUUAGUGUCCUAUAUUACCAGAUGUUUCAGUAUUUUAAUUAAAAUACUUCCAUUUUUAUGACAAAAGAUGAAUACUGUAGGAUGUUAGUGGCUUCCCCCAGUAGUUCUAGUGUAUAAUUUGGUUCUUUCAUCUGCGAUAGACUCACACAGCAGGUCACCCGCUCCAAAGACAGCAGUGUCUUACUUCUGUCCACAGGAAGGAUGGGGCUGUAACUGUGGUGAGUUGUGACUGUCCUCUUCUCUUUUAGCUUGUCUCAUCUAAAAGAGGCCUGAUCGGUUAAAAGUAUAUGGUGUAGAGGAUAGAGAAAUGCACUGGCUCCGUUUCUGCACCCGUUUGCUAUCUCUUAAAUAUUUAUUUUUUUUCUUGAAAGCAGUAAAAAAAAAUAGGCAAGGCAUCCACCUUGUCAGACAAAUACUAGGCAGAACUUUGUUUCCCCUUUAAAUUGAAAAAAAAAAGAGUCGAUGAUUUCUCAAAGAGAUAAAACUGCAAUUUAUGGUCAUGUGUAAGGCCUUACAUUUGUUUUUUAAUAUGUAAUAUUGUUUACUCGAUAUCUUGGGCAAUCACUUGCAUGUCUUUGACAGAGGGGGCUGAGAUUUAGAAGUUCCUGCAAUGUCCCAAGAACAGAAGCGGGAUAAGUAUUCAAGACAUCCUAACUCCAAUGCUAGGUCCACUCCGUCAGUUUGCCCUUCCUGUGCCGCCUUUACGUUGUUUUGAGUUAGCUAGACAGAGCGAUAGCUGGCUUCAGAGGAACUAGACAAGGGGUGCAACAUCUUCAAACAAUUUAGGAAUUUUCAAUAUCCCAAUGAAGUAGGGUCAGCAGACAGGCGAGAUAAAGCAUUUUGGGAAGACUUCACUUAGAAGAACAACUGUUUUGAAGUACAGCUAGCAAAUGUUUGUGAACUGUUUGGACUUGCCUGGGACUAGUACACAGCCCUGCUAACUUUCCUGUUCCCCUCAGGCAAAUUCAUCACUGAUACGAAGAUUAGCACUUCUGUGCUUGCUUUUGUUAUACUGGAAAAAAAUAAACAGUGGACUUGUGGAA